CGUGGCUCUCCGGUUUCUGCCUUGAGUCACGGCGGCGCGCGUGGACCAACACAAGCUAAAUUUUUUAUUUUGUUGAAUGAAUGAAGUAACGAAGGUUUGUAAAAUCAAUGGCCACUACUCUAUCAUAGUCUUUAGAGUACCUUUCUAACGCCGUCGCACUUGCCAACUGUUCCAGGUGCCAUCACUGUAAAACGACAGACUUAAAAUGUUUCAACCUAAUGCACUUGGUGCGAACACCUCGUUUGGAGGGGCUCGCACCCAACAAACGACCGCAGUAGUGAAGGACUUUGAAGUUAUGGCUCCGCCAGAAGACUCUGUGUCAUCUCUGGCGUUUAGUCCUGCCGCUCUUCAGCAAAACUUCCUCGUUGCUGGAAGCUGGGAUAAUAAUGUGCGCUGCUGGGAGGUGGAACAAACAGGAAAAACUAUCCCGAAGUCAAUGCAAAACUGUGAUGGGCCUGUGCUAGACGUGUGUUGGACAGAUGACGGUACCAAGGUAAUGAUGGCGUCGUGUGACAAACAAGUGAAAUGCUGGGACCUAGGUAGCAAUCAGACUUUGCAAGUUGCCCAACAUGAUGCCCCAGUGAAGACAUGUCAUUGGAUUAAAAGUCCUAACUACACUUGCCUGAUGACAGGCUCAUGGGAUAAAACCUUAAAAUUCUGGGAUAUGCGUAGUGCUAAUCCAAUGAUGACUAUAACUCUGCCAGAGAGGUGUUAUGGUGCUGCAGUUGACUAUCCUAUGGCAGUUGUUAUAACAGCUGGUAAGCAAUUAAUCAUUUAUCAAUUAGAAGGAAAGCCUCAAGAAUUUAGACGAGCGGAAACAAAUCUUAAACAUCAGCACCGCUGCGUUGCAAUCAUGAGGGACAAAAAGGCCUCUCCUACAGGAUAUGCUGUUGGUAGUGUUGAAGGACGGGUGGCUAUUCAGUAUAUCAAUGCUGCUAAUCCUAAAGACAAUUUCACAUUUAAAUGUCAGAGAAUAAAUGGAGCUAACAAUUCCUUCCAAGAAAUAUAUGCUGUCAAUGACAUUGCCUUCCAUCCUGUGCACAAUACUGUGGCGACCUGUGGAAGUGAUGGAACUUUCAACUUCUGGGAUAAGGACUCCAGAACUAAAUUGAAGUCAUCUGAGCAGUUUGACCAGCCUAUCACUCGCUGUUGCUUCAACCACAACGGACAGAUUUUUGCUUAUGCCCUCAGCUAUGAUUGGCACAAGGGCCAUGAAUUCUAUAAUCCUCAAAAGAAGAAUGCCAUUUUCUUGCACCCAUGUUACGAAGACACAAAACCCCGCAAUCCCAGUGCAUCAUAAGGAUGGAACUCAUCUUUAGUUACUAUAAUUGUAUUAAUGAAUCAUUGGAAAACAAUUGCUGUAAAUCAAUCAUGAAUUAAGAAUUUUAUCAGAGUUUUAUGAUAAAAUUUAUUUUACUUUUUAGAUGUUAUUAUAAACUAUUUUUUUUUCUGUCAAA